CACCACACAAGCAAGCAAUUCAUCCGCUCUGUGUCCUCGCGAUCAGCACCCCAUCCACCCGCAUUUUACCAAUUGGGGCCAUGCUGCUCCGAUGGGGCGGGGCCCACCCAAUUGUCCGCUUGUCAUUCCCUGCUGUCCUCCGCCUUCUCGAAGCCCGUGUACCCAACCACGCCGCUUCUCGCUCGGAAUUCCUCACGCUAAUAUCUUCACGCAUUCCGUCUCUCGCAUUGCUCUCCCCACAACUCUGCAAUCCCCCACUUGCGGUACUUCCAGGCCAAUAUAUGAGGCAGUCUAGACAAUGGCGUAUGGUGCCUUUUACGGAUGUUUGCGGAUGUGGCAGAGGUGAUCUCAUUUGCUAUUAGAGGUCGUCUAUUGCAAAUCUGCACCCAAAGAAAAUUAAGGCAAAAUGCCGUCCCUCGUCGUCGAGACAGGUUUGGUGAGCAGGAUUAUGAAUCACAGAGAGCUUAUGAUAUCAUUAGCUGGCUUGAGCCUUGUUCUGCUCACACUCCUGCUGGGGAGGGUCAACUCUGCCGUAAUUCUACUCACCGAAUCAAAUGAAUCCUGGUCCUUUCCGGAUACGGAAGCCAGUUUCUCUCCACGUAUUCCUACCACUGGUAUUGUUGGGGUGUUGCACGCAUCCAAUCCUUUGGAUGCUUGUUCGCCGUUGACCAACGUUUCAAGGCAAGGACAAACUUUAUUUUCAGAUUUCCUGCUGGUUGAACGUGGAGUUUGCAAUUUUGAGGUCAAGGUUUGGAAUGCUCAGGAAGCUGGAUUCGAGGCGGUCAUUAUCUACAACAAUCAGAAUGACCAUGAGUUAGUCACCAGUACGUCUGCAUUUAGUGAUGUCUUCACCUUAGGAGUUGGACAUGAUCAGAUAAUCCAAAUGUCGGGAAGCUCCAACGACAUUCACGCAUACUCUGUCUUCGUGUCGAAGGUUACAGGAGAGUUUCUGCUGAAGUACGCCGAUGACAAGGGUGCAACUUGCUACAUAAUGCCAGCGUUCGAAAACACCGCUUGGUCAGUUAUGGCAGUAUCAUUUAUCUCUCUCCUCGCUGUAUCAUCUGUCUUAGUUACCUUUUUUUUUGUGCGACAGCACAGAAUUCAGCAUUUAAGCGCCCGGUUUCUCCCUAAGGAACCCGCUGGAAUGAGCGUAAAAGAAGUGAAUACUCUUCCAAGCUUUGUAUUCAAGCACAUUGAAGACGGCAAGGGCACUUCAGAGACUUGUGCCAUUUGCUUAGAGGAUUAUGUUGCUGGCGAAAAGCUGAGGUUGCUGCCCUGUCAACACGAGUUCCAUCUUGACUGUAUUGAUCAAUGGUUGACAACCCGUAAACCUUUCUGCCCAGUCUGCAAAAGAGAUGCCCAAUCCAAAGUUGAUAAGCCUGUGGCUACUGAGACUACGCCAUUGUUAGCAGCAGUUGGAAGAGCUUUGGGUGUUGGUGAAAGUCGAGUUGGAACACCAAUGAAUUCAUCACCGCUAUUUGCUCCUACUGGGGCUUCACCGGACGAAACUACUGACACACGCAUCUUUUCGCUUUCCUCUCCAGAUGGUUCCGAAGAUCUCUGCUAAGAACUUCGAUUGCGAGACGACUUGGGAAAAAUUGCUUGCUUAGUAGUCAUCAGCAUGGUUUGUGUUGAGUUUGUAAGAUUGCUCGUGAAUAUCAGGAGAUGGCUUGCUGGGUCAAUUACGGGAUAGAGUUCGUAGGGGUUUGGAGUACGAAGACGGCCACUUAUUAGGAUUUCGUCCUCUAUUUUGUAACUUUAGUUGUAACAUAGUGACUACAAAAUGUGGGAGACUCAAGCUGAUCAUCUUCUCUCAUUGAGUCUAGAGACAACUUGACCAGCCCCAGUCCCUAAAGUGGUCAGUGACUUUGAAGAGUGUCCAUUGUAAGGAUGUAGAGAAAAGAAAGAGUUGUGUGUUUUAGUUGGACCUAGCAUUGGUAGUUAGGAUUUUUGAUAGAAAAGGUGAGAUUUAUGGUACCGAAGGUAAGUCACAAAACUCCGGUUUCUUGUUUGGACUGAAACUAGAAGAAAAAAAAUUUGCCACCACAGUAUUUCACAGAUACGGCUGUCGGUUUUAGUUAAUUUGAAGAUAUGAGAGAAUAGCUGUGGCAUUUAUACGGAAAGAUACGUUUCGGGGAAUUUUCUAAGCAUUUGUGGAUGAGUUGAACUAU